CAAACGUCCCUCAGUCAAUGUGCAACAUUUUUGUUUACCACUAGAGUCCGCUGUUUUAUCACUUUCUAACAGCUAUUUUACAACGUCAAGACCACCAAGGAACAUCGCAAGCUCUUCAUACUAGUGCGGCUGUCAGCGACGCAAGAAGGCUGUAACCUUAAGUUGAGACUCAUACCUUGGGAAGAACUAUCUCAAAAGGGAUCGCCAUUGAUUUGUAUUCUGUAUUCACACGGAUAUCUGUUUCCAUUCUACUUUCAAUUCGUCAAAGGUUUGUAUAGCUUCCAACAGCAACCAUGGCCAACUCUGGUCCCCCUGCCAGUGGCUUUGUGGUUGUCACUCAUGUUUACCCACAACAAGGUGCCCAAAGUGCCACUUCACCCCAGAGCGGAGUCGUUCCACCAGUCUCCUCUAUGCUUUGGAAAUUCCUAAAAGGAGAACCAGCAGCCCUGGGGACAGUUCAAAUUAUGAUUGGUUUGGUGGUGUUCUUGUUUGGUAUCGUAACUGCAUUUUAUGCAUCAACAAUAUCUACUUUCUCUGGUAUCAUGUUCUGGGGAGCCAUCAUCUACAUCACUGCUGGUUCUCUCACUGUUAGAGCCAAUAAGAAGCUCAAUCCAUGUUUGGUCAAAGCAUCACUCGGAAUGAAUAUCUUCAGCACAAUAACUGCAGGGAUUGCCAUCAUUCUCCAUAGCUUGGAUUUCAUCAUAUCAAUAUACCCUUAUCACACCUGUUAUGAUGAAAACGACGGCAACGAUUAUUACUGCCAAAUGAACAAUGAAAUAUUAUUGAGCAGAUCAAAGGGGAUUGCUGGAGUGAUGCUGGUGUUGUCAGUGCUGGAGUUCAUAUCUCCAUAUGUGUGUCUGCGUUUGCCUGCAAAGCCACCUGCUCUUCUAACACUGAGGUUGUUUACGUUUCAAGCCAGGUGCCCCCCUCUUUUCCCACCUCCCACCCGUCAGAACCUCCACAGGGUACACAGAUGCCUUUCUUCCCAGCCAGUGUGGUUCCUCUUCUUCAUCACAGCAGUGCUGAUGGCAAACCUGAAGAUUUGCCCCCACAAUACACCACUACCCAAGAAUAAGUCAUGUGACUACAUCUAGAUUUACAGGGGAAGCUUUAUGUUUCAAGCAAAUGGUAACCUUGUGACUCUCUUUUGAAUAAUUUCUGUCUUCAAUACAUUCUUGAAGAGUAAGUGUGUGCAUGUAUGGAAGUAAAGUAAUUUCUAUACACUCACUAUUAAAUGUAGGCCUAUCUAUUUAAUUGAAACUUCAGCUAACCAGCAUUCUCCAAAUGACUGGCUAAAUACAUUGUCAAGGCAUUUAGCUAGGGUGACCAGACGGCCUCUUUUGCCCUGACAUGUCCUAUUUUUGAGACCUAAAGGGAUUCAAAAAUCGUCCGGGAUUUUGCCUCGUCAGAUAUUUGUGUUGCUUUUCUCUGGUUCUUUCACAAUGUAGUGUUUCUUGGAAUUGGCUGACUGUCAGCGUCGCUAUGGAAACAUGCCGUGAUCAAAGAUGAAUUAAAAUAAAUUCAACAGAGUACCUUAUGCUAUAUAUGCCCUCGAAAUGGCAAACCUA